AUUGUCCGCGGGGUCUCGCUGGCCCAACCGCAGAGCCAGUUCUCGCUGAGCCUCGUCGCGGUCAGGCGGCCACUCUUACUCUCGAACGGCCUCUCGGUUUCCUGGUUGCACUCUCGGUUUCAAUCUUCUGUUGGUUUCUGCGCGAGAUAAAAGCGAGAACUCUUGAAGACAUUACCAUGAUAUUAUAUUGCGAACAACUAGUAUUACAAAUGAAGUUCUAUCAAUAAUCACUUUGCACAAUUAUGUGAUCAAGAGCUCUUAAAGUGCACUGGUUAAUUUGAAGAUAAUUGCUGCUGGUUAUGUAAUAGUUCUGUGAUAAUUGAACAAGUAAAAAAAUUGUUAAAACAGACUAUAAACGAGAUAGAAAAAGGACUUAAAAUAAUAAAUGUUAAAUAACAUAUAUCCUUAAAUUCAACAAAAAAAUUAAAGUAUUGCAAAAAUAUACAUUCUAAAAGAAUACGUUUAUAAUAACUUCUAUAGAUGAUGUAUAAAGAAAAUUAAUUCUAAAGAACUGUUAAGAACAGAAAGCAUAAAAAUACGUUUCUAAAAAAUUCUCUUUAAAACUUGUUGAGAGAACAUUGUAGAAGGACAGUAUCUUGUAGAAGGACAUGCUCGAAUACAGUCGAACAAGUGCGAAGAUAUGAAUAAUAUAAACAAGGAAAUGACUUAUUUAAGGAAGAAUCACGCAGAAGUGCUCGCCAGUUAAUCACGUCGAUCGAUCUCGGUCUCCAGGAAGAUUUUGGAAAACGUAAUAAGCGGCAUCGUAAUCAACAUUUUCGUUAUUAAAAUUGUUCAGAGAUGGAGAGUGCAAGCCCGCCGAAUACGCUAAUGGAGAUGAAAACACGAAAACGGCCAUUCCGUACGCAAGUAUCAACCUUGGACACGAGAAGGAGACAAGCUGUUUGUGUAAGAAGGGCCUUCAAGAAAUACGGAUCCAAAAAUAAUCCUCAGGUCGUUUUGGAUGGUCUCAACAUGACUGUGCCGAAGGGUGCAAUUUACGGACUGCUUGGUGCGAGCGGUUGCGGAAAGACCACGCUACUGUCGUGCAUCGUUGGUCGGAGACGCUUGAAUUCCGGCGAAAUAUGGGUGUUGGGGGGCCGACCGGGUUCCAAGGGGUCCGGUGUGCCCGGUCCUCGGCUGGGCUACAUGCCACAGGAGCUCUCGCUCUACGGCGAGUUUUCCAUUCGGGAAACGUUUAUCUUCUUCGGCUGGUGCGCCGGUAUGACGACAGAACAAGUGGAUGAGAAGCUAAAUUUUCUGCUUAAGUUUUUACAACUACCGCCUGAAAAUCGUUUGGUUAAGACUCUAUCAGGUGGGCAGCAAAGGAGAGUAUCCUUUGCGACUGCCAUAUUAGCUGAGCCUGAACUCUUGAUUCUGGAUGAGCCAACAGUUGGAGUGGACCCUGUUCUCCGUCAGAGUAUCUGGGACCACAUGUUGCACAUCACAAAGGACGGUAACAAAACCAUCAUCAUCACCACGCACUACAUCGAGGAAACUAGGCAAGCCAAUAUCAUCGGUCUGAUGAGAAACGGCAAGUUUCUGGCAGAGGAGUCGCCGUCGAGACUAAUGGAGAUACAUCGAUUGGACACUUUGGAAGAAGUCUUCUUAAAGCUGAGCAGGAAGCAGAAUAUGGGAUUAAGAAGGAGAAGUAGCAUUCUGAGCGGUAUAACGGGCGUUUCGCCCGACGAUGAUACAGAGGAAAUGAGCGGUGAAUUCGGCGAUAAUGUGAGCAUAUCUAGUCGACGGAAAAGUGUAGCCAUUGUGGAUAAUAGCAAUGUGCCGGAAUUGCCGCCGGAAGAAGAAGGCGAUUCUAAAUACACUGUAUGCAAUCCGCUACACAUGAAGGCUCUCUUGUGGAAGAACUUUUUGUGGAUGUGGCGAAACGUUGGAAUAAUGCUGUUCAUCAUCGGUCUGCCGGUCGCCCAAAUAAUCCUCUUCUGUCUCUCUAUUGGUAAGGAUCCUGUAGGAUUACGGUUAGCCAUCUUCAACAACGAGCUCAACAGCAGCACGCAACCGUGUAUUCCGAGAAACGGAUGCGAUUGGACGCUACUGAGCUGCCAAUAUCUUCAGCACCUGCAGAAGAAAACUAUACAGUUAAUACCCUACGACACUAAGGAAGAAGCCAGAAACGCUGUGACGAGGGGAUGGACAUGGGGCGCUAUAAUGUUUCCGCACAAUUAUUCUGAAGCUCUCACGGCGAGGAUACAAGAUGGCAGAUAUGCCACUGAUUGGGACAUUGCUUUCGGAGAGAUGAAAGUCGUUAUGGAUAUGUCCAAUCAGCAUAUAGGACAGAUGCUACAAAGGGACCUGAUUUACUCAUUUCAAGAUUUUGCGAAAGAAGUCACUGUGGCUUGCAACUAUAGCGCAAAGCUAACUAGCAUACCCGUAAACAUACAAAUGCCGAUCUACGGACCUAUGAAUCCUAACUUCACGGAUUUUGCAGCUCCCGGAGUAAUUCUAACAAUCAUUUUCUUCCUCUCAAUCGCAUUGACAACGGGCUCUAUGCUGCUGGAGAGAAACGAGGGUCUGCUGGAAAGAAGCCUCGUGUCAGGUGUCACCGUCAUUGAGAUUCUUAUCGGCCAAGUGAUUACGCAAUUCAUGAUUGUGGUCGGGCAAAGUGUGAUGGUCAUCAUAGUCUCAUUUGUGAUCUUCGGGAUCACCUGUGAGGGCGAUAUAGGUUGGAUCACUUUACUGACCGUCCUCACGGGUCUCUGCGGCAUGUGUUUCGGAUUUGUAAUCGCCACUAUCUGUGACAAUGAAAGAAGCGCCACAUACGUGGCAAUGGGCUCUUUUCUUCCAAUUGUGAUGUUGUGCGGCAUUAUCUGGCCCCUAGAGGGCAUGUAUACCGUGUUGAGGUAUUUUAGUUACUUACUUCCCCUAACGAAGAGUACGGAGUCGAUGAGAUCAAUGUUGGCCAAGGGUUGGACGAUAACGGAACCAGUGGUUUAUCAUGGCUUUAUCGCCACUUUCAUCUGGAUCGCCAUUUUUUUGAGCCUAGCGAUAUUGCUAAUUAAAUUUAAGAAGGGUUAAUUUAAAGGUAGGAAAAAUAUUUUUUUAAUAUAAAAAGGAAUUCACCAAAUGUCUCUAUAAACUGUAAGAGAAUAAAAUUAUAUGUGUAGGUAAACAAAUUCUAAUUGUAUUAUACGUAUUUAUAUGUAUAUCACGGACAAUUGGAUUUAUAGAAACAUAAACUUAGGUUUAAUUUUAUUUAAAUAAAAAUCUUUUCAAUGUU